ACUCCCCGAGACAGAGGGAGCGAGAGAGAUGGAGACAGUCAGGGGGGAGAAAUGAGUCUCGCGUUGACUUAAAUAGUCCGCUUUUUUGCUGCUGUAAGUCGAUGACAGCAAGUCGGGGCUUUAUCAAACACUCAGACAUCACCUCUGUCGGGAAAUGCCGCUUCUGUAAUGUCUUGCUGUGCUGCCAUUCACCGCUAAGGAAACGCCAGUGUCCCUGUAUUGGUGAAGGCUGUCAGCACUCUCAGCUAUAGAAGACCCGUCAGACCAUGAACUACGUGGGCCAGUUGGCAGGCCAGGUGUUUGUCCAGGUCAAGGAGCUGUACCGAGGCCUCAAUCCCGCCACCCUUUCCGGCUGCAUUGACGUCAUUGUAGUGAGGCAGCCCGAUGGAUCCCUGCAGUGCUCACCUUUCCAUGUUCGCUUCGGCAAGAUGGGCGUCCUCCGGUCCCGAGAGAAAGUGGUGGACAUGGAGAUCAAUGGAGAAGCAGUGGAUCUACAUAUGAAGCUUGGGGACAAUGGAGAAGCAUUCUUUGUGCAAGAAACUGAAAAUGGUCAGGAAGUGGUUCCCUCGUACCUGGCCACCUCUCCGAUCUUGUCGGAUGGGGCCAUCCUGAUGAGCUCCUCCCUGAUGGGGAAGAGCUCUGGGCCACCCAUACUGACCCUGGGGUCCACGGGGAGCGUGGGGGAGACUGGCGGUGUGAUGAUGAAGAAGAGGAGGAAGAGAAGGAGGAAGGCUCGGGCAGACAGUGUGAGGAGGGAGGAGAGCGGGGACUACUCUGAGGACGACGACAUGUUCACCAUAGACAUCAGCUCAGAUGAAAGGACGGAGAUGGAGAGCAACAGGACUUCAUCUCGGGAUGUCUUAAGAGAUGAGACAACGGUCGGUUCGACCAGCGGCUCUUUCAAACAGACUGGCAUCUACACUCGUUCAGAUGGAGAUUGGAGCCCUAUUCAGAGCCCAGGAAACUCUCGUCCCACCUCUCCCAAGAGCGACUCUGAACUAAUGACCAAGCCGUCAGAUACAGACAAUCAGAAUCCAGCCAUGCACUGGGCGUGGGGAGAGCUGCCACAGGCUGCCACACCAUCCUUCCUCCCAGUCAAAUCCGACCCUCCACCAGUUUGCCCAGUAUCCAUCCCUGUGUCUGAAAGCACGCACUUCCGUGUCAUAACUCAUGAGACGUCUUCAGAACAGUGUGGACCCUGCUCUGAAAUAUCCGCACUCAGACUGCUAAUGACGGAGGAGACCGCUGAGGAAACAGUCGUCACAGUUGGGAUGGAGUCAGAAUCCACGAGGAUGGAGUCGCAGGCAGUAACUGCGGAGACGCAGGUCACAACAGACAUGGAGGAGAUGAUGCCUCGUCCACCAGGCAAGACGGACUCUCCAUCCAAGAGAAAAGACAAGAGAAGCCGCCAUCUUGGUUCUGAUGGAAUUUACCUGGAUGACAUCACAGAGCUUGAGCCUGAAGUGGCAGCCCUUUAUUUCCCUAAGAGCGACGGUAGUGCGCCAGUGAGGAGCAUCUCCGACCCGGGCCUCCACAGCACCAGUCUGUCCCCACAGUCGGUCAGCUCUGGAGGAGACAGCGGAGUGGACAGCUUCUGCGACCCUAUGUCUGACCUGCCGUCUAUCGCCGUCUCUUUGUGUGGAGGACUCACUGACAACAGGGAGAUCACUAAAGAGCAGUUCCACGAGAAGAUCAUCUCUUACCAGCAGUUUGCGGAAAACCCCUCCAUCAUCGACGACCCCAACUUAGUCGUGAAAAUUGGCUCCAAGUACUAUAAUUGGAGCACUGCGGCUCCACUUAUGCUGGCUAUGCAAGCCUUUCAGAAACCGUUGCCAAAGGUCACAGUGGAGAACAUCAUGAAGGAGAAGAUGCCCAAGAAAGGAGGGAGGUGGUGGUUCUCCUGGCGAGGCAGAAACAGCAGCGCCAAAUCGGAUUCAGUCUCUGAGCGUGGGGCCUGUGGCUCUGCUGAGCAGGCUGGGAAAAUGACAAGCAGACACAAAGAAGAGUCGUCCUCUAGUGAUGAAGACCACAGGGCAGCCAAACAGAGCUCUCCCACCAUCCAAUCAGAGCAUGGGUUCACACCAGGAGGCGUGUCAUAUAAGAAAACACUCCGACUCACAUCAGAGCAGCUGCUGUCCCUCCAGCUGCAGGAUGGUCCUAACGAUGUUGUGUUCAGUGUCACCACUCAGUACCAGGGAACCUGUCGCUGUCAGGGCACCAUCUACCUCUGGAACUGGGAUGACAAGAUAAUUAUCUCAGACAUAGAUGGAACCAUCACCAGGUCAGACACAUUAGGUCAUAUCCUGCCCACGCUGGGGAAAGACUGGACCCACCAGGGCAUUGCACAGCUCUACCACAAAGUCAGCCAAAAUGGCUACAAGUUCCUGUACUGUUCAGCUCGAGCCAUCGGCAUGGCUGACAUGACCAGAGGUUACCUCCACUGGGUCAAUGAGAGAGGCACCAUGCUUCCUAUGGGCCCCGUCCUUCUCAGCCCGAGCAGCCUAUUUUCAGCUCUGCACAGGGAGGUGAUCGAGAAGAAACCAGAGAAAUUCAAGGUGGAGUGUCUCAAUGAUAUCAAGAACCUCUUCUACCCCAACACACAGCCGUUCUAUGCAGCGUUUGGCAACAGACCAACGGAUGUAUUUUCCUAUAAAGAAGUAGGCGUGCCACUGAACAGGAUUUUUACAGUAAACCCUAAAGGCGAGCUAGUGCAGGAGCACGCCAAGACCAACAUCUCAUCUUACGUACGUCUGGGUGAGGUGGUGGACCAUGUGUUCCCCCUGAAGAUGCGAGCCUCCUCCUUCGACUUCCCAUGCUCGGACACCUUCAGCCACUUCACCUACUGGAGGCAGCAACUCCCCCGUGUGGACCAUCAGGGAACUACCCCUCCACAGACUCCCAUCCCAGAGAGUUGACUACCUGUGGCCUGCUGAGCAGCUCCUAGCAGGCAGAGCAUGGACUGAUGGUGUGCUUGAGAUGUAGCAGUCAUUUGGAUGGUUAUGUGUGUGUGAUAUGAAUUUGUAGAUUUUUGUAGAAGAUGGAGCACUUUCAGUGCACAGCAGAGUGCUACCUAAGUAGACUAAUCUGCUGUGAAUAACGCACAAGAUGUAAGCGCACUUUUAUGAAAAGACGGCUAUUGUAGCCUUAUGACUAGAUGUAUGUAUUUGAGAAAUGAUGAGAAAUGUAUUCAGGCAGCUUAGCACAUGUAUUAUUUUUGAGUGAGUGUUGACAUUAUUUCAUUAGCUAGACUUUCUAGGCUAUUUAUGCAGACAGUUGCAUACUGUAUUUAACAGACAAUAUACCUGUGGCAUCUGUUCAGAAGUGCAUCAUACAGAACACAACUAUACUGAGAAAGUUACUUCAACUUGUGCCAAAUACUCAAUGUAGAAUUUAUUUUCUUACUCUGAACUUUUUCAGUCAAAACUGUUAUGAUCCUCAGUCAGUAUGGAAAUGCAUAUAUAUACAUGCAGGCUAAUUUUACUUUAUAGUGAAUAUGUGUGUGUGUGUGUGGGUGUGUAAUUUAUUAUUCUGUUUGCAGUCAGUAUUAGUUAUAUAGUACAUUCAAAUGUUUUGCAGAGCAAAUGAAUGAAUGAACGUCUAUGUAGCUUGAUGUUAAAAUGUGUCGAGGACAAGCGUCCUGACAGAAAGGACAUUAUAGAGACGGUUUAAAGUGAAUAUUUAUUUUUGAGACAAAGUCAUGCUGACAAGAGAACAGAGAGCACAACAUGUUUUAAGGUAUAAUGGUCAUAAUCGGUUUUCUCAAAAAAAUCAAGAGUAUCUGUGAGACGAAUUGCUGAAUCAUUUUGAUUUUUCUAUUGAAAUCACACGGUGUGUAUAUGUUAUGAUCAGAAUGUCAUUUCUGUGGUGGCCAUCAUGAAACAUCUUUUAAUUUAUCCAUACAGUUACAGUUCAUACAGUCGAUGUGACUGUUACGUGUUCCGCUCCCUAGGAUUUAUGCUUAUUUCCAUAAAUGCCUUUAAGUAUAUUUUAUUUAUUCAUCUGGUUAGAUACUGACUGAUAUAUGUAGCUUAAACUUGCAUGUUAACAAACGCACAUUGGUUCUUUUACUGAAGCGUUACUGUCAUUCCCUUGUAAUAUCACUCAUAGUAAAACCCAAGUCUGAAAAUCCUUAUCAUACUGUCCACAGCUUAGAGACGACAGCAGGCUACAGUAUUAAAAGGAAUGUUUGACCUUUUUCAGACCCAUUUCUUACAAUACCACAGAUAACAUGAGGUCAUAUACAGUAUAUGAGCAGGAGCUGCUGUCAUGGUGACCUGCCUAAUGUAUCUGUGGUUUUAUUGCGAAUAUAACUACCUGAACAGUAUCAUCACAGUAGGUGUGAGUAAGCAUAUAGUUUAUGAAAGAUGUGUAUAUAAUGCUUUGUUAUUAUUCUUUCCAUGAAAGAGCUAAAAUAGCCCGAAAACAUGUUAUCUUUGCCUUAACUGUGAACAAUAUGAUCAAUAAUGUGUUCAUUUACUCCCUCCACCCCUUAUUUUGACCAGUGCACUGUUAAAUUGGUGUAAUCAAACUUAAUAAAAAUGCCUUGGCACAUCAGUGA